AUGCGCCAGAAUAUCCAGAUCAUCUCCGUCGCGAAAAAUGAUGUACAUCAACAACUGAAGACUAUCCCAAGCAACAGCCCUGUUGCAGUCCGUGGCACCGUUCAGACGAAGAAAGCGAAUGGCGUUGUCGUGGAACGCGAAAGUCCCGAAGUUGAAAAGAUUGACAGCAUCGAGAUCAGUCUGACUGAUAUUUGGCUCCUCAAUGACUUCUCUAAAGAUAUAAUCAUGACGCCGGAGACAGUAUUCCCAGCAGAGCAAAGGCAUUUGCAGCUACGUUCAGAUCGACGCCUCCGUGACGCGCUCCGAUUUCGAUCCGAAGCACGCAAAAUUUGCAGAGAGGAGCUUGAGACUGGUUCGUCUCCGUUUAUAGAGAUAGAAACGCCUCUACUAUUUAAGUCGACGCCCGAGGGUGCUCGAGAGUUCAUAGUCCCCACGCGUCGCAAAGGCCUUGCAUAUGCUCUGCCUCAAAGCCCUCAGCAGUAUAAGCAGAUUUUAAUGGCAAGCGGCAUCAAUCGGUACUAUCAGUUUGCGCGCUGUUUCAGAGACGAGGAUCUGAGAGCUGACAGACAGCCGGAGUUUACUCAACUUGAUUUGGAAAUGUCAUUUGCCACUGGCGAAGAUGUUAUGCAGUCUAUUGAAAAGGUCAUUCGGAAGCUCUGGUCAAGGCUACUCGAUAUCAACCUUGGAACGGAACCGUUCAUAAGAAUGCCAUAUCAGGAAGCAAUGAGCCGAUUCGGGUCGGACAAGCCAGAUACUCGUUUGGGAAUGGAGAUCACCAGGCUCGACUAUAUGCUACCCGUGGAUCUCGUACAGAAGAUCACGUCUCUUACAGAUCCCAUUGUGGAGGCAUUCAAGCUAGAAAGUGAAGACAAUGACCCUGCCAAAACAUUGGAAUUGGUGACCAGAUUCCUGGACUCACGUGCUGGCGCAGAAUUCAAUAAGAAUCCAGAUGGCGGCCCAGGAAUCUUUGUGUACGAUGCCAAAAAGCCUCUGCGCGGCCUGAUGCCCUUUGGCUUUGAGGCUGCGGAGCGAGUCGAGGAGAUCCUCGAACCGGAUCACGGCGACCUGAUCGUAUUACAAGCACGCAAAAAGACACCUUUCUUCUCUGGGGGUUCGACGCCACUGGGAGAUCUCCGAAAAGCUCUGCAUUCUGAAGCCGUCAAAGCAGGGCUCAAGGAGGCCCCCAAGGGGUUCGAUUUCUUGUGGAUUAUAGAUUUUCCACUUUUCUCGCCAAUGGACGAAAAUGAACCGGGCCAGGGUGGCACAGCAGGUCUCGCGUCUACUCAUCACCCUUUCACAGCACCAAAGUCCGCGGCUGAUGUCAAUCUAAUGACGACUGACCCAGCUGCAGUAGUAGCUGAUCACUAUGACCUGGUGGUCAAUGGGGUGGAACUGGGAGGCGGUAGUCGUCGCAUUCACGAUGCUCGUGUUCAGGAGAUUGUAUUCAGGGAUAUACUCAAGAUGCCGGCUUCGCGCUUAGCUGAAUUUUCGCACCUACUGGGAGCUCUUAAGGCGGGGUGUCCGCCUCAUGCGGGCAUCGCUCUUGGGUUUGACCGGCUGGUUGCUGUCAUGUUGGGUAAGGAGUCGGUGCGCGACGUGAUCGCGUUUCCUAAGACUGGGAAGGGCGAGGACGUCAUGGUGGGUUCACCAAGUGAGUUGUCUGAGGAGGUGUUGGAUACCUAUCAUCUCCGUUUGAAGCAGUGA